UGAAUUCAUUUCAAUCUUUUAACAGCUACAAAUUGCAAUGUCAGAUGUUAGAAAAUAAAUUGAAGUUUUUGUAUAUUUAAUUGAAUGUUUAUUAUUAUUAGUUUGUAAGGGAAUUUGUUUUAUGUUAUGAAUUUGUGACUUUGUAUUAAUUUGUGGCUUCAAUAGUCUUCGUUUCAAAAUAUUUUCUCUCAUUUUUAUCAUUAAAUGACAACAAUAUUUAAAGAGCAAUAUAAUAAAUAUGUCCUGUGAAGUAAUAGUUCGACGUGCUAGGGAUGUAGACCUGAAGAGACGAAUGGAGUUAGUCCGGCAAGGAUUGUCCGGCUACUUUUGGAGUGCUUUCGUAUAUUUCUUUUUUCAAGAGUUGACACUGGAAUGUUGUGUGCUGGGUGCGGCGGUGUUGUUUAUCUUCUGCGGCGUUUCUCCUGCUCUGUGUUGUUUGGUGCUGCCCACUGCCGUGGCUGUCGUAGCGCUCGGAGUCUCUGCCACUCAUCACGCAUUAGCACACAGACAAGCUCAGAAAAUAAGAGGGGAGGUUUUCGGGCUGGUUGCUGAGGUAUGUGGAGUAUUACUACUGUCACCGGGUGCUGGCCGUCUUCCAAUACAUAUUCAACUUGAUUUCCCUAACACUUCGACACCAGCUUAUUCACUAGUUAUAGGUACUGUGAGUGUGUCGGACGUCUGGGGUCCGAGUGAAGAAGGCUGGCUACAUGCUCUUGUGGUACAUCCUGAAUGGCGUGGUCGUGGUGUGGGUUGCUCCCUGCUCGCUGCAGCGCGACGAAUAUCGCUUCAGGGUCCAGCAGCAGUGGGGCGGUCACUGAGGACUGUCGUGUCCCUGUUACAGCCCAAGGCCAGGGAAGCCUUGAUAACAUCCGGGUGGCGGAACGAGGGUUUGUACGAACGGCCACUCUGCGGCGCUGCACUUACACUGCCGCUUGAGAGACUCCUAACUACGGUACCCCCCGAUCAUUACGAUCUCUAGUUGGAUAUGUUGGCCCUGGGUCUACCUCGUUUCUUGGGUUUCUCAGCGAGGAUUUUAUCCUCUUCGUCAUCUCCGAUAAACAAUAGGACUAACUUAGACACGUCGACCAGGACCUGUGGAUGGUAUAAAAUAAAACGGUAAGGUUCAGUGACCGGACGAAGAUGAUCUAAUCAACCCACCAUGGUCCAACCUUAAUUGUUUCGGGCUGACUCGAGGCGCUCGUGGCUCUGGAGGCGGCUUUCAGGACUGCGGGUGGCGCGUGCAGCCGGCCCGCGGCGUGAGCUCUCAUCGCCACACGUGUAAGGAGGGAACGCGCGCCUCCACCUGCCGUUGGCCACGCGGCGGAUACGAGCUCCGUCACCUCCUCACCCUCCAGCCGCCCAAGGAACCACUGCCACAGAUUCGAGAUGACGAGAAACCCUUCAGUGUGAGUGACUGAGCUUGUCAUGACUAUGAUGUAUGUUCCUACCUGUGGCUCCGCGGAUGUCGUCUGUAAACGGCCCAGCGUGGCUCGUAGCAGCAGGUCCGUGAGACUCGUGUCCUGUCCCUCCACCUCAUCUAUGGCCAAGUGUUGCUCGUCUCGGAUCUCUGUGUCCAUUCUGCCACCUGGACCGAUUGCUACAUCCGCCAGUUCUAUCAACUGGUCGGGGCUGAGAUGUCGCCAGCAGGCAGUCGCCAGUCGCACACGCUUUAAGUUAUAAGAACAACAAAUAUAAACUUAUUUAAUAUGUUCCAAGGUUUCAAUAUUUAAAUAUACUCGGUGACUAAA